AGAGCAAAGGGAAAAAGCAGCAAGUGAAAAGUGGACAUCCAGCACAUGCACACAGUUAGCGAACUUCCCUGAUCGGAGUCAGUCCAGCCGUGAUGUAGCGCUGUUUCUGGAUCUUUGCCAGAGUUAGAGCACAGGUCACAGUUCAGGGAGUCCAUUCUGACCCAGUGGACUGAGGUCCAGAGUGAGUGGUGGACUGAGGUCCAGAGUGAGUGAUGGACAGAGAAAGACAUCCCCAUCUCAGGAAUAAGGAGGACAUGGUAAUGUUGCCAGCAUUGUCGCGAGUGGCAGUGUGUGGUGGCACCCAUGGCAAUGAGCUCUCAGGUGUCUACCUGGUGCGUGAGAGGCUGAAGAAAAGGAAGAAGAGCCAGGUGAUGGAGCCAGCUGCUGUGGUGACAGUGAUGUCGAACCCACGUGCUGUCCAGCGGUGUGUGAGAUACACAGAGAUGGACCUGAACCGCUGCUUCACAGACGCCAUGCUAAGUCUCUCCCUCUCUGACCAGACUCCAUAUGAACUGGUUCGUUCUCAGGAGCUGAACUCUCUGCUUGGUCCUAAAGGCUCUGCUGAAGCUGUGGAUCUGAUCUGUGAUCUACACAACACCACUGCCAACAUGGGCCUGUGCCUCAUCACAUACUCGGACAGCGACUGGAUAUGCCUGCACAUCUGCAAAUAUCUGCAGAGGGAGAUGGCCACCAUCCCAGUGAGAUACAUCCACUAUGACAUCCCACAGAGUGAAGCCUACUCAUUGGACUCAGUGGGAAAACACGGCUUUGCGAUGGAGAUUGGCCCUCAGCCUCACGGUCUAAUCAGAGCCAACAUCUUUAUGGCCAUGCAGGAGGCAGUUCAGCUAUUGUUGGACUGGGUUCGGCUCUUUAACUCAGGGGCUCAGUUCGAAGGUGGUUCUGUGGAUGUUUACACGUUGGUGAAGAACAUCGAUUAUCCUCGAGAUCCUCACACUCACACCAUCAUAGCAGCUGUGCAUCCCGACCUACAGGACAGGGACUUCUGUCUCCUUCACCCAGGCGACCCCAUGUUCCUCUCUUUCUCUGGAGAGACUCUGAGGUAUAAAGGGAAAGAGCCGCUCUAUCCGUUCUUCAUAAACGAGUCUGCGUACUAUGAGAAGGCCGUGGCACUCUCUCUGGCCAGAAGGAGAAAAGUGGAAAUUCCAGCCAUCCGGUCCAGCAGAACUUAA